AUGGCCCGUGCUCAAGCUAGUAACCUAGUUUGGACUAGUUUGAUUCCGCGGUCACGUGGCAUGGCUGACCCGAUCCAAGCCCUGAGCCCUAAUACCCGAAUACGAACAGCGGCUGCUUUCUGUGUUUUAUUUGAAGCUCGCUCAAGCACUGCUACUUUUGGAGAUUGUGGAAGAAUUCUCGACAUCAAGGAUGUAGGGACUCAAGUGUUUGGACAAAAGGUCGAGGGGUGGGAUCGGCAGGGAGCCACCGCCUCUCAAGCGGCCCGUGCAAGCGGCCUUGGCCCAAGAAAACCACCUGGGUGA